CCUGCGUGUUUAACCCGCACAUACACUCCGCCAGUGAGUGCCACAGUCACCUUGAACAGGUGACCAUAGCAGCCGCUGCUGAGAAUAGCAACGAGCUAAUCCUGUUAGAACGACUACAUUUAAGUUAUUGAGACGAUUUUGGUUUGAAUCGCUGUCUGAUAAACCUGUGAGAUGUGACUGCCGAACACUUACAUGAAUACCGGCUUUCGUCGUUGUUUCUCCGCCAGUUGCAGUGUCUUGUCUGUGAUAUAGUAUACCAGCUGGUGACAGAAUGGCAGAGAAUGAAGAAAACAACUACCAAGAAAACAUCUCACAGAAGUCACCCACUUCUGAAAAUGAGACUGGGGUUUGGAAAACAAUUGCUCGGACCAUGUUGAUUCGGGGAGGAAAAAACAAAAAAAGAGAUAAUGAAGUCUGUGAGACAGAGGUCACCAGUCCUACAUGUAGCACAGAGUCUCCUGACACACCAAGUCCUCGAAAAGAAGAGGGCAUCUUUAGGCACCUCUCAGCUUUAAGAAGAAGUUUCAAUAAUGGACAAAAAAACAGGAGAAAAAGCAACUGGGAGUCCACAGAGAAGCCUGUAACAGACAGACGGAACAGUAAGGACUUUAAGAUCCCUUUCAGACAGAACAUUCCUCUCAAACCCCUGUCAGUUUUGGAAAUUGAUGAACUUUUAAAGAGAGGUGAUUUGGAAAUGGCCUAUCUUAACCUGCUGUCUCUACGGCUGGAGAUUAAGCAUGACCUAAAAGCUCAGAGUGAGAAGACCCCUUCAGUGGCGUUACCUAAUAAAGAGAAAGACUUGAGUAUGCUCUUUAUGACCCUGAGGACAAAACUGACUGAUAUUGUCCGACGUUCCUGUGACUCAACCUCCAGUGAGCUGCUGAUGCUCACUGCCCACAUCAUCCAGGAGGAGGAAAAGCAAGAGGGAGAUCCAGGAGGGAUGAGGGGAUGGAUGGAUGCCUGGAAAGCUGCAGUAAAGGACAGGGUGAGAGACACACUCACGGGGGUUCAUCUGGACAGCUGUGAAAACAAUGCUUCGUGGUUGGCAGAGCACUUGGGGCUUCUGGGUAAAGUGAUGGUGGAACUGCUGGAGAAAGUGAAGACAGAGCUUGUUACCUCAUACCCACCAAGCUUUCACGUAUUUAACACCUAUGUUUCAUCAUGUCAUGAAGUUGUAAAAAAACAUCUCAGAGAGCUUCUGGGAAAAGUCACAGAACUUAAAGAUUAUUAUGCCAUUCUGGAUUUCGCCAUCAACAGCUAUCACAGUGAGAAGAUCCUUGGUAGUCCCUCUUUGCAGCCAGAGAUGAAUGAGCAGAAGACUCUUACAGUACCUGAUGACUUUCUAGAUCAGAUUAGGAAAAAAUACUGUAACUGUCUACAGGAGGGACUUCAGGCCUCACUGGAAAAUGUCAUUAAACUAGAAGAGGAGGAAGUGUGGAAAAAGAAAGGAACACCAGAGAGAACAGAAGAUGGAAGAUUCCUCACCAGUCAUAUUCACAUGAACAUUUCUACAUUGAUAGCAAGCCUUGUGAAGAAAUCUGAGAAGAUUGAUGAAAUUCUGAAAAUAAGGGUCCUGUGCUGCUGUCUGGAAGAAUUGAAGCGAUUCCCCAAAAGAUUUGAGGAAGAGUUUACAAAGCAGAGUUCCUCUUUGUUGGAAUCAGACUUACUGGACUGUUGUCUAUGGGCUAAAUAUCACGUUGCAUACAUUAACAGCUUCAGCUCACUCAUAGAGCACUUGGAAAACCACAGAGGCAGCUGUUCAGAUCAGCUGGAGCACCUGGUGACGGAGGUAGACGGGCUGAUUCUGCGACUGAGACAAGCUCUGCUGGAACAGUUUAGAGUUGAAACUGAGCCCUUCAAGGAGAGCUUGAUGACCAAGAUGUGGCUCAACACAGAUGAUGAUUUCAAUGAAAUAAUCAACAGAAUCGAGACCUACUCCGGUCACAGCAAAUCCAUGAAAUCUUCACCUGCGCAAUCCUUCACCAAUGACCUGCAUUACCAUGUGGUGAAGGAGUACAUUUCUGAGCUUCUGAAGAGUAAGUACUCAUGCAAAGGCAAGAAGAAUGAUCUUGCUGCUGCUAAGAUUAAAGAACAGUGGGAUCAACUCAGAAAACUGUUCUCUGAAAUGGGAUCAACCUUAAAUUGGCUUCACCCACUAGGUGAUCAGCUAACUGAAAUCAUUGAGCAGGAGAAUGAGAAAGACAUAAAAAAUCUUUUACCAGCUUUGGUUGAAAAUUACCCAGACAUCAGUGAGAAACAACUGUCAGCCAUUCUAUACUUCAGAGACAAAGGUAUCGUGACCUAUUCGAAAAAAAACCUGGUCAUUCGGCACUUUAUUGAGCUAAAACAAAAUUCUGGAAAGCAAAAUCAUGAACACACCUUCUUCAGUGAUAUUAAGUGAGAAAGUUGUCAGCCCACUGCCCUUUCAAGAAAUAGUGAGUCUUGAUGACCUCAUUGCUGACCUUACUUGUGCUGAAAUACAUACAUCAAUUAAGCUAAUAACUAAAUAUUGCUGUGAAACCAGUUGAUGUAGGAGAGCAUCAGUGUACCCUGAAAUGGAUGGCUAAUGCUGUAUUUUUAUUUGUAAAUAAUUAUAAACAGGUGGAUUAAUGCUAACAAGGUUUGGCCAUAAUAAUCCCUUUUUAUAUUAAUAUUCUACACUACAUCAGAAAUUUUCCAACCUCCAUGUUGAUUAUUAAGGUACGCCAGUUACUUCCUGGAUCCCACCGGCCAUUAUUCCCCAUUAUCCCAGGUACAUCAUCUUAAUUCACCAUUUACAUCUCAGGGCCCAACACAGACAGUUGAGUAUUCUAGCAAACCGAAUACAUACAUCUCCAGUCUUACCUUCAAUCUAGCAGACUUCACACUGUCCAAAUGAACUUGGACUAAAACCAGACUUACCACACAGAGCAGAUGUAUAAGAUGUUUGAUCAUCCCAAAAGAGUUUUCAAUAUAAUUUAAUCCCAAUAAAAAUAGCAAUUAUUACAGAUCAUUGCAAACUGCUCUAUUUAAGUACAGCAGAUGAGUUAUUAUAGACAGACAGUUGCAGCUAUAUUAUGUAUUCAUAGGAUUCAGAAACUCAGCGUCACUAUGGAUAUUUUUAAAAGAGAACUGAAAAUGGGCAAUAUGUGGUGUCCAUCUUUGUCAUAAUCCUUUUAAAAUGUGUUUAUUCCACCGAUUAAAUUCAGGAACUUGUAGACUUAUACAUUUCUUUGUAUAAGCGACACUAUGUAUGAUUUGGGGAAUUGGAAAUAUGUGAUCUCAUGCAACAUACAAGAACAUUUUGUAACAUCAACUUUCAUUUAAUGUUUGCCAUGCAAUAUGUAAAUUUAUACCUGCUUGGCCUACUUCCAAUGAAUUUACUUCCAUUAAUAACACUGCAUUAUAAUAAUACUACAUAAUAUAAUAAUAAUAAUAAUAAUAAUAAUAAUAAUAAUAAUAAUAAUAAUAGAUUACUAAUCACAGAUUCAUAAUGUCAGUCUGUUAACAUAUCUAAAUAUUGUUCAUUAAUCCCACUAAAUCUCAAUAUAGUUAAAGGAAGCAUUAAAGAGAACAGAUGACUGUGCAUUCUUAAAGAUAUCAUAGUAAGCUGCUCCUGUGAUCACAGUCUGCUACUAAUGUCAGAAAGAAUGCUUUUGAUGCUUACAUAUCAAUCAACAAAUAAGAAAGUAGUCAAAACUACAAUUCCAUUGAAACAAAGUCUUUUAGGGUGGUUUGAUGUGAAGUGCUCCCUUCUAGGGAGACUGAUGGAGAUGCUAACUCCAACAGACAAUACUUAAACAGACAUGACCUUUCACUUCCAGUGGCCACAGCCAGUUUAAAAGUAGUGUAAUAAUAAAAAUAAUAAUGACAUUGCUAUUAACAUUGCUAGUUGUUGCUAUAGUAACAAUGAGAUUAGGAAAAGAAGAAACUCAUCUUCACUUUUCGAUCAUAUGUGAUUAUAGUCUUAAAAUAUGAAUAUCAGUUUAACCUCAGUUUAACCUACAGGGCCAGAAUCAGGUCAUUUGCUGCAUCAGAAUGAUUUCAACCACUAUGUUUAUUCUACAGAAAUAUUCAUACACAUCUGUGAUGUAGAUUCUUUUUUUGUACUGUGUAUUUACUGUGAGUUCUUUCUUGAGUAAUCACUCUGUGUACAUAUGCGUCAUUAACACUAAAGACGGCUGUUUGAAUGAUCAGCAGAUUUUCAGCCCUUUCAAAAAUGCCUGAGACAUGCAUUUCUAUUUACAUGUUGCAUGCUCUGACUCACUCUGACUUGAUGCUGUGUGGCUUUAUUUUAUAUUUCCUCUCUCAAUUAUUGUUACUGUAAGAUAUUAUUUGUUAGUUCCUUUCUAGGUAAAUAAUAAUAAUAAUAUAUAUAAUAAUUAUAAUGUGUAGGAAGGUUUAGUGGAGACAAAUGUUUGCCUUGUUUUGGUAGAAAGAACAUGAAUUUUACUAGAGUGUGUACUGUUUCUAAUACUAAUGUUGAAAAUUAUGAAAGUAGCAAAAACAAAUUGUAAACUUUUCUGAGAAAAACAAGGCCUAUACUGUUUACAGUAGUAAACUCAUUUUAAUUUUAAAUAUGUGCAGACUUCAAUUAGAUAUAGUUUAAUGUACUUGAGUAUGUUUAACUGUUGACCCAAGUAUAUCUUUAGAUCCAUACCCCACACAGUCUUUGUGAUGAUUUUGACACAUCACUUAUCCUUUCUUUUGUUUCUCUGUACUUUUUUCCAGUCUCUACAUUUAAUACAGUAUGUUUUUACAUAUUUAAGAAAGUACUGUUUUUGUACUGUGUACUCACCAUGGGUUCUGUCUUGUGUAUCUGUAUGUACACAGCAUUAACACUAGAGGGAGAGAGCUUUUUGAAUUAUCAGCAGCUAUUCAGCCUACAGUUAUGAUAACUGACCUUAAGAUAUUAUUUUAAUAUAUACUUAUUCUUUUCUUACUUUUAAACAUACUGAUGACAGCUAUGUGGGAGGGUUUCAUAAAAGCCAAAUAUUUACAUUGUUUUGGUGGAAGGGAUAUUCAUUUAACCAUGUUACCAUGAUGUUACUGAUAUCAAAAAUGCUCAAAAAUGUGGUAAAAACAAAAUGUGAAAUUAUAACUUUUAAAAUCAAUUCAUAUUCUACUAGAUAAUGUUAAAUGCAUCUAUGUCUUUUUACUUUCUGUGUGAUUAGAAUAGAUCCUGUUUAGCUUUAGCCACUGGGAGAGAGCCUCACAGAGACAGGCAGAGUUGUGAAUCGCACUGAUUCAAGACUUGAUUGUUGUCUGUGAGGUUUUCUAGUGAUAAAUUUAUAUGACAGGUGUGAAUUACAGAGGCUUCAGAAAAAAAUGACGGAACUGUGGAGUUGGUGGAGAUUCUGCGAUUCUAUAGAAGAUCAGACCACAACCUGAUAAGCACAGUUCUCUCAACCUACCAUAGCAAAAGACAUUAUAUCACAUUCACUCCAUAUGUCUCAAAUGUUUCUUUAAAUCACUUCCACAUGAAUAAACUAUAUUACAUCGUCA